GUCGGCCUUGGCUACAAGCUGGGAAGAGUGCACAUCGGUUCUUGCGACUUCUCCUUGGGCAACUGGACCUGCGGAGAUCUGGCAGAUGGAGAUGCAGAGCUGAAAGGCUUCAGCCUGGACCACUACAAGACCAGCAUCCUUCCGGCGAUCCACGAUGCCGCGAAG